CAGAUCAAAGAGUGACAAUGAAAACAAAAACUGGCAACAGUGCGUGUGAUUACCUACGACCCUAGUUUGGCAAAUACGUCUACGGUUGCAGAACGAUAACACGAAAUUGCAAGUUGGGGUUUCACGCAAUUAAUUAUCCAUGAUCUACUUUAAACAAGGAACCAUGUUCAUCAUUUUUCCUUAGAAGAAGAUUGAAAAGGGUCAUCAUGUGCGUCGACUGGGAUAUGAAUAUCCUGCCUUAGGUGGGAUGGCAAUCCUACCUAACCUUUGCCACUAAAAGUACAUUACACCUGUUGCAGUCUGUGAUCUUUUCUAUGGGACGAAACCCUCUUGAGCGUUAACCAUUUCACACAGGAAUAGUGAUUCUUUGUACCUGUUUAUUGUAGUGUCUGCUGCUACUACUCUGUAUUUAUAGCUUUGUUUUAAACUUGGGUGGUGUUGUCUUUGAGUGCUUGCCUCUUUUUGUGUGACAGUGGCAGUACUGUAGUAUGAGAGGUUUUGUAUACCAUUUAGAAAGCUGAUGAGUGAAUGUUUUCCGUUAUGUGAAGUGUGCUUGACUGAAGCAUAAGUGGAUAAGAAUAUUUAAUUCCUUAGGUUCAGAUCUCAUUUUAGCUUUAAUCAUUCUGUUUUAAUUUCACGUUUCAAGAUAUUGCAUAUCUGUGGUCAUUGCAAUUUUCAAAUCAUGUUGCUGUCAUUUUUCAUACCAGCAGGAAUUUAGAUACUAAAAAAUUAUCAAAAUUUAGGCUAAGCAGGAAAUUAAAGUAUUUUUGGAAAAUUCAGUCUGAAAUCAUAGGUAACUAGUCUGUUCAUGGUGGAGAAGAAAAAUAUUUUUGAUUCAAAGCAUAAAAAUGGCAUCAUAAGUGUGAAAUAUUAGCAUACACGGCAAGAUACUUUUAAAUUGUAAUUCUAAAAUUUAAGAUCAAAGUGAGAAUUACAUGCAUUCUUAUUAGUAACUUGCAAGCAUUAACUUGUUUUUCUACAUGCAAGUGUUAGUUGUUGGUAAGUAUUGCUAUGUGUAUACCUACCAUGUUUUGAUUUCUUGAGCUGUUACUAUAUUGUAUGAAAUCAUCUUUGCUAGGGCCAAUCUGGAAUUGGACUUUGCCCUCUGGAUACAGAAAGGGAUAUAGUAGGUUUGGAUUUUUAUAUUUUAAAUCUGUUUGUUGCAAUUGGCUACAAUGGUGUUGAUUGGUUACUAUCACUUUGGAAUGGUGUUAGGCCGUGGGAAGUUUGGUUGGGUGUCUCAAGCUACUCACAGAGUUGUAGGUCAUUAUGUUGCUGUAAAGCAUCAGCCUUGGGCUGUGGGAGGAGACACCUGUGGGGGAGCUUCUGGUAAACAUGUUGACUGUCAGCAUGCUGAUGAAACUCAGUGGCGAGCAGCCCUUGAAAAUGAAGCAGAGUUACUAGCCCGAAUAUCACACCCUUCUGUUGUAGCCUUGCUUGAAGUAGUACGCAAGCCUAGUGAAUUAUAUUUAUGCCUUGAAUAUUUGGGAGAGAUAACCUUGGCAUCUAUGGUGUCUCAAGACUAUGAGGAAAAAGGUGCAGGCUUAGCUGAGCCUGAAGCUGCAUGUAUCUUUAAGCAAGUUGCAGCUGGUCUGCAUCACUUGCAUUGUGAAGGCAUAUUGCAUCGAGAUGUUAAGCCAGAAAAUAUUAUGAUAAUUCCUUCACAUAAUGGUGAAAUGCCAAUUGCUAAGUUAAUUGACUUGGGUCUAGCAGCCCUUUGGGAUCCCUUGUCUCCUCUUAAUACGUCUUGCACUCGUGCAGGGACUGUAGUAUACAUGGCCCCUGAACUUACAUCAUCUGCUCAUGUUUAUGGCCCUGAAGUUGAUGUAUUUAGCUUAGGUGCUUCACUGUACUAUGCUUUAAUUGGGGAAAUUCCUUUUAUGGAAUACUUACGCAAUGGCAAAAGAGGUACCACUGCUGUGUUUGGUUUGCAGCUCCAACAUGAGGAAGCUCUAGAUUCUUUAACCAGAGAAGCUGUGGGUUUACUUCGAUCAAUGUUGGACGCUAACCCAAGCAAGCGGUGCACUUUACCACAGGUUUGUGGUCAUACUUGGAUUAUUCAAGAAUAUAUCCCCUCCUCUAGAAGCUUGGGAGCUAAUUCAUCACUUAUAGUUGAUUGCCACGGUGGUCUUGAUAUUUCAGGCCUCUUCAGUGUGAUUGGGAAAGAUUAUUUCUGUGGAGAAAGUGAUGAAUCUUCAGAGUUUGGUGACGAGGCAGGUAGUUCAGAGGAGCUUGUGUUUGUCAAAACCAAUCAUUCUAGGUCAAUAGCUAGUACAAGCAGCAGUAGCUUAGGAACUGUAAGUAAGUUAAGGAUUAGAAGUUCAAGUAGCAAUAAUAUUGAAGAUACAAAAGAUAUUUUGGUAAAUAUGGAAUGCGUUGAUCGUGUUUCAUCUCUGUUGCAGAAAGAUAAUGAUCAUGUGUUACAGCAUCUUGGGGAGGAACCAUGGGGACCAGUAGGUGGUAUUUACAAUCUUUUGCUUCAUGCAGGCUUAGUUCAGCAAAUAUGAUAUGUAUUGUUGAGUACUUUCUUCAAAAUCAUCUCUUGACAUCGUAGUGGAUUGCUGUACCUUUUCCAUGAUGUUUAAAAUGGCAAGUUGGAUUAUUGCAUGCAUUGGUUUUCAUAAUAAUAAUAAUGUAUCUUUAUAAUCAGGAACAUUAGUAAUGUUUUUGGAGUGUUUUUCACUAGUUGUAAAUAUAUGGUACAAUCAUAAGUCAAAUCAGAAUAGAGAAAAAGAAUAUAACUCAGAGUGGAUAAUGAAUCAUUCCAAAUUGUUUCAUUUGGACUCCACAAUAUUAGCUUCAAGAUGAAACCAUUGACUCACCUUCCAGAAAAAUAGUUAUAGAUUAAGUCAAAAUUUACUUAAUUAAUCAUAUGUAAGCUAUUCUUAUACUUUAUUCUGUGAGAUAACAAUAAAACAUAUGUUGACGAGUUACCUGUUGUGUAGCAACUAACGAUUUAUGUAAGUUAUGAAAUUUUGUACGAUGUUUAUGGUACAGUAAGUCCUUGCAUACAAUAGUUAAUGUAGUGUCCACAUUUUGGGCAGUGUUGCUCAUGAGUUCACCAAUAAUAUUCCUCCAUUUUCCCAUUACAGUACGUAUAUUUGUCCUUAUAACAGUAUAUAGGAAGCUGUUUGUGGUCUUUCAUGGUGCCUAUUUUAUCUGGAUAUAAUUUUUGAUUCUAUAUACAUACAUAUAUGACAUAAGUAUUAUUUUAGCAUUACGUAUGAUAUUGUAGUGGCCUUAAGAUAUUUAAACAUGAAAAUGGGAUUGAUUUGUAGUAGAACACUUGUUGCUUAGGUAUCAAGAGUUACUGUUUUUCAAAGCGCAUUGAAGGUGCAUUUGAGGGAAUUGCCUGUUUUGUUUUUAAUGAUGCUGUCAAUCAUUAAUGUACCUCUUUUUCUUGUACAUUUCGAGUAAAAUGACAGAAAUUUUUUAAAAGUUGCUGAUGUGUUGUAAUAUGUUUAAAAGUCUACAGGUAUGUUUUGUCUUGGAUGAAGGUCAGUCAUGUGGGUGCAAUUUUUUAUUGUACAACUAAAUGUAUACUUCUUAAUCAGUUGUCAUGCUAUAAAUAGGAAAAAUAUUAAAGAGCCAAAAUAGGGUAACUAUGAGCAAGAAAGUAAAAGCAAUAAGUAAAACUACUGAUUAAUUUGCCUCCAAAAUGUGUAAUUUUUUUGUGUUGUUUAUGCACAGCACAUAUUAAAUUAUCCAGAUUUAGUUCACUAUAAAAUUUGUUGAUUUUGCCAGUCUGAUAAAUUCUGUCUGAACCCAUUGGAUGAAAUUUCCAGUACUAAUUUGUUUGGUUACAGUAGUUCAAAUGCAGCAUUGGUUGAUGAGUUCAUAUGAAACAAUACAAUACAUGUUACUUUCCUUUUGUAAUUUUUAAUGGUUGUAGUGUUUUUCACCUAAAAUACAUAGUACUAUCAGAACUAACUUUUCCUUAUAUAGAAUUAAUAUUUAGAAACUAUUAUUGCUCCAGAAAGUAUGGGCCUCAAGCUGUAUUUGUUCUUAUGUAUGCAUUUAAAAUAACUAAAGAAGCAAUAAAGGUACAGGAAAAGAUAGAAAAUUUAAGAGGAUCGGGUAGAUGAACCAGGUAGCUUGUUAACAUUUUACUUGUUUGAGAACUUUCCUGAACACUCAUUGAUAGAUCUUUUUUUACACUGACGUAAUAUGAAAGCAGGGCCAAGUUAGCUUGAAAUAUUGGAGCUGCAUUAAAUAGUGAUGGCAUUGUAAAAGCAAAUAGAACCUAGAGGUAACAUUUUGUACUGAUGAAAAAAAAUAGCUGUGUGAUAAGAAAACAUAGAGAAAAUAUAACUACAGUAGUACUGGUGUUUAAUCAACCAAUGGUAAGCAAAAUUAGUGAUGAAACUGGAUAACAAAAUUCUAGUGUGCUGUAUUUGUGUUAAGCUUAAAAUAAGUAAAAAGGCAGAGAUAUUGCCCAAAGCUGCGAAGUUAUGAUGACGCCUGACAUUGAAAUAACCAAACAUGGUAGUGGCAUGGCUAGAAUCCAUUGUAAAAAGAAAAACAAACAAAAGACAUACUUUGUGAUUGAGGUCUACAGGUAUGAAAGGCAAGAGUUAAUUGAACAGUGCAAAAUGUGGUUUUCCUAAGUAUAUGAAUGGAAAGUUGAACGAAGUCGCAUAAUUAUUUGGUAGUCAUUCCCCAUGAUGUAGUCCCUUAAUGUAGAAAAUGCACAGCAUAUUUUAUGUAACUGUCCUAAUACCGAAUAACAACGAAUGGCCACUGUCUUUGACACAGUUUAUUAAAACAAAAUUUCUUUAGAAUCGUCAACACAAUUAAAAUUUAUUGUUUUCAGAAAGUUUUAAUCCAUGAAGUACAGUAAUUUAAGAGCUUAACCCUUUGCAGCUUUUGGGGUAGCUGUAAACCGCUCAAGUUAAUUUUAACCGUAUAUUCACUUACAAAAGUUAACUUCAACAUGUCGCUAAGCCCAACUAACUAGGUACUAACUUUUGCCUGUCAUCGAGCUCUAAUUUCAGGCUUUCUUAUACAUAUAUGUAUUUUACAACAUAUAUAUAAUUGCUUAUGGUUUGCUAUUUUGGUCCAAAUUUUGGUAACUUUUGAACUUGUGUGUUGUAGUUGAUUAUUUCACGUGCCAUAAUGCCUGUAAAUUAAACAUAAGUAUGGUCUGUAAUAUGAAUACAUUUACUGAAUUUUAUUGUUACAACUCUCUCUCUCUCUCUCUCUCUCUCUCUCUCUCUCUCUCUCUCUCUCUCUCUCUCUCUCUCUCUCUCUCUCUCUCUCUCUCUCAAACAG